UGACUUACAGCUGUCAGCUGGUGGCACUGCUUUGUCUUCUUCAUUCUCAUCCUCUGGACCGCCGAAGAGAAUUAAAGACCCCCGUCUUCCUCCUUUGCAGGUUAUCAGUGUGGUCUUGCGGGAGGUGAAGGGGUCGGCGCUAUACCUUUAAAAAAAAUGCAGCAAGCGGGGUUAAGACGAGUGUUGCUGCUGUGUUGUGCAGCUGUGUGUGCGUCUGGGAUGACGAGAGAAUACUUCCUCAAGAUAGAGGAGGUGUCUUGGAACUACGCCCCAAGUGGGAUGAACAUCAUGCAAAACAAAACACUGCAGGAGGAUGAAGAAGCCUCAGUCUUUUUAAAGAGAGGCCCCCAGCGUAUUGGCUCCACCUACAAGAAGGCUGUGUAUAAGCAGUACACCGACGCCACCUUCAGGACGGAGGUGAUGAAGGCGGAGUGGAUGGGCCUCCUGGGACCCCUGUUGAUGGUUGAGGUGGGGGACACGGUGUUUGUCCACCUGAAGAACGCGGCGACCAGACCUUUCAGCAUCCACGCACAUGGACUGAACUACACCAAGGGCAAUGAGGGAGCCCUUUACCCAGACGGUACCGGUCCAGAACUGAAGCGUGACGACUCGGUGGAUCCGGGUAGAGGAUUCACGUACCAUUGGACCGUCCCAGAGAGCCACGGCCCAACAGCAGAGGACAGCAACUGCCUGACCAGAUUCUACCACUCCCAUAUUAACGCCCCAAAAGACAUCAACUCAGGACUGAUAGGACCCCUUAUUGUCUGUAAGAGAGGAACUCUGGACCUCCAUGGAGACAGCUCAGGGGACUAUCUGUACGCGCUGCUCUUCAUGGUGCUGGAUGAGAACUUCAGCUGGUACCUGGACGACAACGUCAGGGCGUACAUCUCCGCUCCUGCCAGCGGCCUGAAGGACGACGAGGAUUUCAUCGAGAGCAACAAAAUGCACAGUAUAAAUGGUUUUCUGUAUGGUAACCUUCAUGGACUGAGCAUGUGCCAAGGCAACAAGAUCCACUGGCAUAUGAUUGGCUUAGGCAAUGAGGUGGACAUGCAUUCAGUUCAUUUCCACGGCCAGAUCCUGACCACUCAGAACCACCACACGGACACAGUCAGUCUGUUCCCGGCCUCCAGCGCCACAGCUGAAAUGGUGGCGGACAACCCUGGACACUGGCUGCUGACGUGCAGCGUCAAUGACCAUUUGAUGGCUGGUAUGCAGGCGAUAUUCGAGAUCAAGAAGUGUUUCCCCAACGUACACAAGCCGGUACCACACGGUGAGCUCAGACCCUUCUUCAUCGCUGCUGAAGAGGAAGUCUGGGACUACGCUCCUACGCCACCAACUGAUGGGGAAGCAGAAAUGUUUGUAACCAAAAGUCAAAACCGUAUUGGAAGCCGGUAUAAGAAGGUUCGCUAUGUGGAAUACACUGACGUUACCUUCACAACAAAGAUGCUACGCAGCCCAGAAGAGCAACACCUUGGAAUUCUGGGUCCGGUGCUGCGAGCGGAGGAGAAGGACACCAUCAGGGUGGUGUUCAAGAACAAAGCCAGCCGCCCUUACAGCAUGCAGCCACACGGGGUUCAGUACAGAAUCGAACAGGACGGGACGCUCUAUCACAACGAAAUGGAAGAGUCCUACACAGCGAAGAAACUGCGGGAGUUAAGGAGGGAACCAAGAGUGGUGACCCCUUCUCCAGCUGCUCUCGUCCUACCUGGGACAACGCACACCUAUGAAUGGAUGGUGCCAUUGGCUGCUGGUCCAGUCCAAGGGGAGGCCGACUGCCUGACCUAUCUGUACUACUCCGGAGUGGACCCUGUUAAAGACUCUCAGUCUGGUCUGGUUGGACCGCUCCUCGUCUGUCGUCCUGGUUCACUGAAAAAGGGAAUACAAAAAAACUAUAACAAAGAGUUCCACCUCAUGGCCACGAUAUUUGAUGAGAACCUGAGCUGGUAUCUGGACGACAACAUUAAGUCCCUCACCCCUGCCGGCCAGAGGUCGGCCGUUAACAAGAACGACGAGGGCUUUAUUGAAAGCAACAAGAUGCACGCAAUCAACGGCUUUGUGUAUAGGAACCUCCCAGGCCUGACCAUGUGUAAGGGGGAUAAGGUAACGUGGCACGUGUCGGGACUGGGUUCGGAGACGGACAUCAUCAGCCUCUACUUCCAGGGAAACCGCUUCAUCUACCGCCAGAACAGACGAGACACCAUCAGCAUCUUCCCUCACAUCUCACGCACUGUCACUAUGGAGCCAGACAGCAUGGGUGAGUUUGAAGUGGUGUCAGCCACGGUGAACCAUUACCGCGGUGGGAUGAGAGCCAACUACACGGUAGAGAAGUGCAGCAUGUUUCAGCGUCAGAGUGAGAUUAUGUUCCACUCCAAAACCUACUACAUCGCCGCCAUGGAGAUGGACUGGGACUACUCUCCAAACCGCACCUGGGAAGCUGAGAUGUUCCGCGGUCAGCAGAGCCCUGCUUCGGUCUUCCUGGACCAGCAGGGUGGGUUCAUAGGAUCCAUUUACAAGAAGGUGGUCUACCGCCAGUUCACCAAUAACAAGUUCACCAAGCAAAUGGAAAGAGCAGCUGAUAUGGAACACCUCGGCAUUAUGGGUCCGAUGAUUCUCGCUAAUGUGGGAGACAAGGUGACGAUGGUCUUUAAAAACAUGGCGUCCAGGCCUUAUUCCAUCCACGCACAUGGAGUCAAGACAAACAACCCAGAAGUUCACCUCACCCAACCAGGUGAGACUCACUCCUAUCACUGGUACGUGACAAAGAAUACAGGACCAACCCCGGAGCAGGAGGCGUGCUCUGUGUCAGCAUACUACUCCACUUCUGAUGUCGCCAAGGACCUGUACAGCGGUCUGAUUGGUCCGUUGGUGAUCUGUCGUCGUAGCUGGGGCAGGAGUUUCGGUGUGAAAAAGGAAGUGGAAGAGUUUGCGCUGCUUUUUUUGGUUUUUGAUGAGAAUGAAAGUUGGUAUCUGGAUGAAAAUAUCAGGACCCACAUCAGGAACCCUCAUGCAAAUUUGAAGGAUGACGAAACCUUUAUAGAGAGCAACAAGAUGCAUGCCAUUAAUGGUUAUAUGUAUGGAAAUCUGAAUGGUUUAAACAUGGUGGAGGGUACUAAGGUGUACUGGUACCUACUGGGAAUGGGCAAUGAAGUGGACGUGCACACCGCACACUGGCACGGACACAGUGUGGAAUAUAAGCUGGGUGGAGGUCCUCAUCGUACUGAUGUGUAUGAGCUGUUUCCAGCAACUUUCCAGACAGUAAAGAUGCGUGCUGAGUUUCCUGGUACUUGGCUGCUCCACUGCCACGUCACUGACCACGUUAAAGGUGGCAUGGAGGCGGUGUAUACUGUUACUGAGAAACCAAAGAAGAAGGGAAUCUUUGGCUGAACAGUUGAACUUGAAAGAAUAGAAGACAAGCGGACACAACCUUACACUUUAUUUCAUUACACAAUUUACUCAACGCAUCAAAAGCAUCUUAAUGUGAAUGGUCUCUUGUGCAAAACUUAGAUAAUUGUAACUCAAAAUAAACAUCACAAUGUCAGAAAUGUUAUAAUGAAAUAUGCAUUUUUGUAAUUGUCGAACUGUGUUGAUAUUUUUUCAAAUAAUACAGUACUUCAGUAAGAAUACAUUUAAAAAAUAAAGACAAAUGUUAACCUUAUAAAUGAAUUAACCCUCCUGUUACCUUCAAAUUUCCUAACAUAUUUUACCCUUGGGGUCAAUUUGACCACAGCAAUUAAAGCCUCCAGAAAAUUAUUAGAAUUAAUAUUGUUUCUCAAGUUUAAGUGUCACUUUACGUUUGUUUGUUGACUACCUAAAUAGCCCUUUAAAUAAAUAAAAAGGUUGAUAUUUACCUUCGCAUUGAAAAUGCCGGAAGGUUA